UUACAAUUUUAAAUUAUUCUUAUUUGAAACAUAAAAUUAUCUGUUUUGCCGAUAACUUCUUAUAAUUAUCAACAAUUAUCAAUAAAAUUUUGAAGAAUAAAAGUCAGGAUCGAAAAAUUUAAUUUUAACAUUAUUGUGCAUUGAAUGUAAAAAUUUAAUUUGUAUGAUUAAUUUUAUUAUUACUUCAUAAAGUAAUUACGUUAUUGAUUAUUCUGAUUAUUAAUAGACAUAAUUUUUACAUUAAUGUACAUAAUAUACAUAAUAUACAUUGUAAACUUCAAGCUUAAAAUCAAAUAAAUCCAAUUUUGGUAAUUCAAAUUACAUACAUAUUACAGACAUUUGUUUAAAUAGCCGUCUACGUACAUUUAUAAUCCGUAUCAUUGCACAUUCAAAUGUAAUUUUUUGAAAUACUUUCAAACGAAAUUUAUACAGACUUACAUAGAAAUAUUUUUAAAAUGAAAUAUAACCAUUUUCUAAUUGUUCUAGUUGAAACGGAUUGUUUCAAAAUGACAAUUUUCUUACAGCUGUGCAUUUCCAUUAUAGCAUGUGCUUGUUGAGCAACCAAUCAGAACGAUCCACGAAAAGUUAUAUCUGGUUAUAAAGAGUGGGGAAACGGAGUGAACGAUUGAAUAUUAGAAGAAAAGAUUGUAUACGUUUCAAUCUUAUAUUUGAAAGAUCCCCUCGGUGAAUGAUUUUCUAAAAAUAGUUAUAAACAAGUCUGUUAGUUUGCUAAGCAAAAUGCAAGAAUUUCUAGGUAUUUUGCUGCUAAUUACUGGAGCUCACUGUUUGUACUCCAACUCGGAUGUUAUUGAACUGAAACCAAAUAAUUUUGAUAAUUUGGUGUUAAAUAGCGAUAAUAUAUGGGUUGUAGAAUUCUUUGCACCAUGGUGUGGACAUUGUCAACAGUUAACACCUGAAUAUGACAAAGCUGCAACUGCUUUGAAAGGUAUUAUAAAAGUUGGUGCAGUGAAUGCAGACGAACAUAAAUCCCUUGGAUCAAGAUACGGAAUUCAAGGUUUUCCAACAAUUAAGAUCUUUGGUCUUGAUAGUAAACCAGAAGAUUAUAACGGACCAAGAACUGCAGCAGGAAUUGUUGAUGCUGCUUUAAAUGCAGCUAGUCAAAAAGCACGUAGAGCUUUAGGGGGUAAAAAAAGUGGUGGAGAUUCUAAGUCCAAAGAUUCCAAAGACGUAAUUGAAUUAACAGAUGAUAAUUUUGAUAAAAUAGUAAUGAACUCGGAGGAUAUGUGGUUAGUUGAAUUUUAUGCACCAUGGUGUGGUCAUUGUAAAAAUUUAGCCCCAAUUUGGGCAUCUGCAGCAACAGAACUUAAAGGCAAAGUGAAGUUGGGAGCUAUCGAUGCUACUGUAAAUAGAGUUAAGGCUGUUCAGUAUGAAAUAAAAGGAUAUCCAACUAUUAAAUAUUUUGCACCUGGAAAAAAAUCUCUUGAUUCUGUGCAAGAAUAUGAUGGUGGUCGCACAAGUAGUGAUAUCGUGAAUUGGGCAUUAGAAAAAUUGGCAGAGAAUGUUCCAGCACCAGAAGUAGUUCAAAUUAUAAAUGAAAAGAGCUUAAGGGAGGUUUGCGAGGACAAACCAUUAUGUGUUGUGUCCGUUUUACCGCACAUUUUAGAUUGUCAAUCUGAUUGUAGAAAUGCAUAUUUAAAAACCUUAAACAAGCUCGGAGAAAAAUAUAAACAAAAAAUAUGGGGGUAGUUUUUCGUAUGACGGUAUAAAUGAAUUUUUACGAGACUUAAGUUAUGGGCGAGGAGGUACAGCUCCUUUGAAAGGAGCUCAGCUACCUGUUAUUCUCGAAACGAAACCCUGGGAUGGCAAAGAUGCUGAACUUCCGCAAGAGGAAGAAAUCGAUCUUAGUGAUAUAGAUCUCGAUGAGAGAGAUGAAUUGUAAUUAUAAAACUUAGUGUUUCUCAGGAACAUAUGCAACUUCAUAUUCAUCUUCAUGUUAGUAAAACAAUUUGAUACUUAUUUUUAUAUAACAUUAUUCUCGGUUGAUAUCACUACAUUUUAACAUACAUUGAUAAUGUAGCAUUACUAUCAUAGUGUCAGGAAUAUUCUUUUUUUUUAACUGAAAUAAACUUUGUAGGAAGUUUAAAUAAUAUGUUAAAUUACAAGUGCAUAGACCACAACUCUUCCACUGAGGCUGAGUUUACGAAAUUUAAUUAUUUAAUUUCAAUCAGAAUCAUGUGUAAAUUUAUGAAUUUAUGUGUAAAUUUUUAAACUAAUACAGUCAGAUACAUCAUAGUAAAAAUAAAAUAUAUACUCGAUUGUAUGCAAACGAAAACUUUUUUAUGGAAAUGUUGUGAACUUAAAAUAAUUACUGAUCAUACAUAACAUAUUAAUAUACAUUCCAUAAUAUAUCUUUGGUUUUCCCUAAUUUGGGACCAAAACAUGCAAUCAUAAAUUUACAUUUGUAUCAUUACAAUCCUUAUGUUUAUUAAGAUCUCACUGUUUGACUGAUUUGUAUCAGGUCUUCCAUCAUAAUUACAGAAAUGAAUUUUAUACAAUUACGUGAAAUGAUAUGAAAUAUGUUUAUAUGUAUAUGUAAAUGUAAAACUUCAUCUCAUCUACAUUUAACUAACUGUAACCUUAGUUUACAUUUUUAUUAAAUAAAUUGCGCUAUAAAAUUACGUAUAUUGUUUAUCUGCCUACAGGUAUUUAAUUGUUUCAAAUUUCUCAUUUGAAAAUUUUAUUUUCGAGUUUUAUUCAGAUAUAUCAAACUUACUCCGUGCCAUAUUUUUUGUUUGUUAUAUCACAAUGAUUCGGAGUAAAAGUUAAACCGUAUAUACUAUAGAGAUUAGAUAAUUAUGAAAAUUAUUCGGCAUAUUAUUUUUACUUCUUUUCAUAAAUAAAGAAGCUUAUUUUUAGAUUAUUUUAAUAAUGAUAAUAAAAAUUAA